CUUAAUUUCAUUCUCUCCCAACUGCAGCUCGACGCAUAUGCUUCUUUCUGCAUCUGGGGAGCAAUUAAGAUUGAUCCGCACCUUAUCAUCUUGAGCAUCACAAGGCUUCCCUCCCAAAAUUCGACUGGAAAAUGGACUCCCAGCCGCAGGGGUUGCUCAGGGUCGAGCCCAACGAGCUCCAAUUCGCAUUUGAGGCGAAUAAGAAGACCUCGUGCUCUACGCAGCUAACGAACAGAACGGAUCACCACAUCGCCUUCAAGGUGAAAAACAAUGUACCAUCGAAAUAUAUCGUGCAUCCCAAAAUAUGUGUUGUGCCACCCAGAUCCACCAUCUAUGUCCAAGUUACAAUGCGAGCACAAAGUCAGGCGCCACCAGACAUGCAACUCAGGGACAGGUUCUGUGUGCAGAGCGUUGUGGUGAGGAGGGGAACAACGACCGAGGAUCUAACUCAACACAUGUUCCAAAAAUCUGCAGGCAAUGUAGUGGAUGAGGUGAACCUGAAGGUUGUCUAUAUGCAACCACCACCUGUGGCUGUGGGGGAGGGGUCUGAAGAGGGUACAUCGUCUCGUCCUUCAUGCUCAGAUGGGGGAAACAUAAAUGAUCAACAGGAAGGAUCUACACUACACCAUAUGUCGUUACAAAAACUGAAAGACAUCACAUGCAACUUCUCUACUGAACAAAUCAUUGGUAGAGGUGGUUUUGGUGUGGUAUAUAAGGGAGUGCAAGAAAACGGGAAAAUUGUUGCAGUGAAGAAGCUUGUGCAGUCAAUGCUGAGCUCACCAGAGAAUUUUGAGAACGAGAUUCUUCUCCUUAUCAAAUUAACACAUACAAAUAUAGUGCAACUAUUAGGCUACUGUUACGAAACACAGUAUAUACAUAUGCCUCACGAAGGAAGAAUUGUGUUUGUUUCAGAAACUGAAUGUAUGCUUUGCCUGGAAUAUAUGUCCAAUGGAAGUCUUGAUAAUUAUAUUUCAGAUGCAUAUUCAGGGCUUGACUGGCCCACACGCUACAAAAUAAUUGAGGGGAUUUCCUAUGGUCUAAAGUAUCUACACGGCCAAUCCGAUGGUCCAAUUGUUCACUUGGACCUAAAACCAGCAAACAUACUGCUUGAUGAAAGAAUGUUACCAAAGAUUACAGACUUUGGUCUUUCAAAACUGUUCGAUCAAAAUCAAACUAUUCAAAUGUCACAUAUUAUGGGAACAUUGGGUUAUAUGCCACCAGAAUUUACACGUGGUAUAAUAACUACCAAGUCAGACAUAUUCAGUUUGGGUGUAAUAAUUUUGGAAGUAAUAACCGGGCACAGAGACUACCCAGACGAUAUCAGGGCAUCUUCCACGGAAUUCAUUGAGCUUGAACUUCAAAAAUGGAGAGAUGUUCUGCAACCGGGGUAUACAUUGCUUGAAACUGAUUUCCAACAAAUAAGAAGAUGCAUUCAAAUAGGUCUGGUAUGCGUGAAUCCUGAGCGUACCAAUAGGCCCGCAAUUAAGAAAAUUAUUGAUCAGCUUCAAGGUUUUGAAAAUAUGGAUUGGUACAUUAUCAAUGAGUUGUCAAGCUGCGACAACAAGAUGGAGGCCAUGGACGUUGGGAUAAUCUCCUUUGCUAAACUAUGGCCCCACCUUCCUGGGCAUUGGUUCUCGGUUCUGCGAGGAUAUAUUUUCCAUAGUAUUCAUUGCAGGUUGCGUUUAUGCUCGAUGAUCGGCAGUUCAAGUUUAAUUUUCCUUUUAUCCACCCUAGUUAUAGCUUAUAUAUGUAAACAUAUCUGAAAUUUGAUGGAUGUUUGGACAAAAGGAUGAGAGACCUCCAAUUUUUGAGGAGUUAGUAGGUAGAGGGGUUUCGACUGCUUCCUGUGGCUGGUGUUUGCAGUUAUGCAUCUUUACUAAUCAGUUCUCAUUAUUUCGGAAACAAAAGACGGAAACUACGCACCCUG